CGGCGCGGGCACCGGCGGGGGCCAUGGCCGCCUCCUGUCUCGUGUCCACGUUGGUCACCCGGCUGCUCCGGCCCGCCCAGAGCUGCCGCGUCCGCCACCGCCCCUUCCACUUCUCGGCAUUUCGGAAUGAAGCCAUUGUCAUUUCUGGAAGGAAACUUGCCCAGCAGAUCAAGCAGGAAGUGCAACAGGAGGUGGAGCAAUGGGUGGCAGCGGGCAACAGGCGGCCUCACCUGAGUGUGGUUCUGGUUGGUGAGAAUCCUGCCAGCCACUCCUAUGUCCUCAACAAAACCAGGGCCGCUGCAGAUGUGGGGAUCAACAGUGAGACAAUUGUGAAGCCAGCUUCAAUUUCAGAGGAUGAACUAUUGAAUUUAAUUAAUAAACUAAAUAAUGAUGAUAAUGUAGAUGGCCUCCUUGUUCAGCUGCCUCUUCCAGAGCACAUUGAUGAGAGAAAGAUCUGUAAUGCUGUUUCUCCAGACAAGGAUGUUGAUGGCUUUCAUGUGAUUAACGUUGGGAGAAUGUGUUUGGACCAGUAUUCCAUGUUACCGGCUACCCCGUGGGGUGUGUGGGAAAUUAUUAAGCGAACUGGCAUUCCAACCCUAGGAAAGAAUGUGGUUGUAGCUGGACGGUCGAAAAAUGUUGGAAUGCCCAUCGCAAUGUUACUGCACACUGAUGGAGCCCAUGAACGACCUGGAGGUGAUGCCACUGUUACAAUAUCUCAUCGAUACACGCCCAAAGAGCAGCUGAAGAAACAUACAAUUCUUGCAGAUAUUGUAAUCUCUGCUGCAGGCAUUCCAAAUCUGAUCACUGCAGAUAUGAUUAAGGAAGGAGCCACUGUCAUUGAUGUGGGAAUAAACAGAGUUCAAGAUCCCAUAACUGCUAAACCCAAGUUGGUAGGAGAUGUGGAUUUUGAAGAAGUCAGGAAGAAAGCUGGUUACAUCACGCCGGUGCCUGGAGGUGUUGGCCCCAUGACAGUGGCGAUGCUAAUGAAAAAUACCAUUAUUGCUGCCAAAAAAGUGCUGAGGCUUGAAGAGAGAGAAGCACUUAAAUCUAAGGAGCUUGGAGUGGCCACUAAUUAACUGUUUUGUCUUCUGUGUCAUGAACUGCACUUCAAGCCAGUUCAAGCAGCAAAACAGGUCAAUAGAGAUGCAAUAUUUUUUAUUUAUUCUAACUGAAAUGGUUUAAAAUGCGUUGUAUUUAUUGAAAACUUAAGUGGGUGGGCGUUUGUGCACAUGGCUCUGCAGUACCUCACCAGGGAGCACCCGACAUGCGGGUCAUGCCAUCUAGCUUCCUGAAGCCAUUAAUCUAAUGAUUAACCUGGGGACAUCAUUACAUUGCAAAUGGAUGCUUAACUUUGUCAAGCCACUUCAGUUAAAAUUGCCUUUUUCUAGGAUUGCAUUUCCCAAGUGCUAUUCCAAUUAGUUGAUGCUCACUUUAGGUUCACAACCUUUUGAGUUCAACUGGUCAAACCAAAGGAAAAAUGUUACAAGUGGAAAUUAGGGAAAAGGUAACAAGAAAGAAACAUGGUGAUUGGGUGGAAAAUAAAAUUUUGAUAACCAGAGGAAAAAGUACAUGUUCAUAGUAUGUAAGCUAUCAUUUCAUGGCUUAGUCAUUGGGAAAAUGUUUAAAGUUGUUCCAUUUGCUAUUAGCCCUUGGUUUAUGUAUCUCACCAUUUCAUGAGGUCUCCUCAUUUCAGUUUUCUAGGAUUGAAGUCUCAUUUUAUAAAUUAUUCACGUGUAUUGUCACAUUUGACUUUUCUUAUCUCCUCAGACUUCAUUGUCACAUUUUUGUAUCGUUGGAGGUGUCUAUGGUUUCUUUGGUAUAUCUUGAAGCCUAUUUUUGAAAAACAAAACUUGGCUUGAUAUAAUCAUUAGGGCAGCUUGUAUAAGUAUGCAACUUACUUUUCCACCAAAGAAUUGUCAGCAGCUGCCUGCUUUUCUCUGAUGCAUCUGUUGGCUUCUCCCACCCCCAGCCCCAUAAGUUUUUUGAGAGCUUGAGUUAAUACUGAGUCUAAUCAGACUUUCUGAUUAAAGUUUUGUUUUUUUAAAUAAAAUACUUUUCACAAGUGUGGGAUGAGUUUCUGAAAUACUGUAUCUUUCUGCUGCUAUCUUAGUUGUGAUUUUUACCACAGUUAAUUGUUCUCAUUGGAUAUAAUCAAUUUAGGUGUUUCUGUAGUUGGUAGCAUCCAAUUCUAUGCCUUAACAAAUUGGUUUAAAGAACUCUGGGUCCUUUUGGUCUUACAUCUCAACAGGUUGCCCCUGGUCAAGAGCUUCUAUGAGAUUCAAUCUUACUAAUUUGAGUUGUCAGAUUGGAAGGUGUUGCUGUACACAUUUUGAGGCUAGGAUAGGUCCCUGUGCAUCAUCCACCAGGGCUGUGUAUUUUGGCUUUCAUGCAGGCAAAAGCAGUUCUUCCUCUAGGCAGCUUUAGACUGAAGGGGAACAAUUGGGAGCUGAGCUAUUCCCUCCUUGUUCCUCUGCAGCUGACUUUAGCCUGUCUACAGUUUGCAGGAGAUGAAAAGAUGAUAACUUGUAGGAGACAUUUUUUGUAAGUGAGCUGUAGCUGAUGUCCCUAAAUCAUGCCUCUGAUUUAACAGAAAUUAUCACACAUGGAGCAAGAUGAGCAGACAGGAUUCAGUUUUAUUGAAUUGUAGUUACAUGUGGGAAAAAGUACUGAACUACUGCAUGGAAAAGUAACAAUAUAUCAACAUGUUAAAAGCUACUGGAAUUAAAUGUUCAUGUAUAUACACAAUUUAAAUGACAAAAGUUGAAAAUUACAGUGAACAAUUUAAAAAACAACUAAAAAUUAACAUUGUAAUUUUCAGUUUGUUCAAUUAAUCAAGCACAUUUAUUCCUGAAUUCUUAACAUUUCUACAAUUUAAUUUAGACCCCUGUCUAUUGCUAUUGGAAAUCAGCCAGAUUUUAAAACUGAAACGGUCAGGGUAGAUUGUUACCUCUCUGAGGAUUGCUGCAGAUGAAGAUUAAGAAUUUGUAUUUAAGCGUGGAGGAUGGUUCUGGAUUGGUGAGUAGCUAAGUAAUUAUGCUUUUUCAGUAGACAUGGUAGAAGUUUAGAACUUUACUCUUGGCAGUAUCCCUUGGAAAGGAGCUCUGAGAUUUAAUAAACAUUUAUUGAGCGUUUUCUAUGGACCAUGCACUGCACCAGCACUGGGGAUUCUACAGGCAAUUAACUGUUCUGGUAACUUAAGAUGUUAAUGAUCUGGAGUCAUUUAUCUUUAAAAACUAGAAAGGAAUAAAGAAAAAGAAUCUGCUUUUGUCAAUUUGGGUAAGUGUCGUAAUCCUAACCAAAGUGAUUUCAUCAAGAUCCCAACCAUUGUGCUUUGGAGAAGGUAAACGUCAAAUGCAUUGUGGCUCACAGGUGCAUGGUAGGCAUUAAAUAAACAUGGUGUUCAUUAAAUGUGGAUUAAAUAUUAAACAACUGAUCUUAGGUUUCA